UCCAGUUAGUCAUUUUCAUGGAGUUGAUAUUUAAACAUUGUUUCAUGCUGUGCUUUGUUUCUAACAAUUAAUAUUGUUUUAUAAAUUGAGAGUGAAAAAAGUACAUUAUUGAUAAAAAAAUAUUUAAAUAAUAAUUUUUUAUUAGUAAUUGUUAGUUAUCUAUUCAAUAAUAUUAAAGUUUUACAAAAUGCAUGUUGAAGUAGCGCCAGUUAGUUCACCAUGUGUCACUUCAAAUGGUCCUUCAAACGGAGGUAAUCAGAAUAAAAUGCAUAAGCUGUGUCGUCAAUUAUCUAUUGAAAGUCCUAGUGUGACUGGUCGUGAUUGCGUCUUCAGUUUUGAUGUCCCUGUACCGGAUGUACCAACACAAGGUGCCAGAAUACGUGUAGUCUGUGCUGGUGCUUGUUAUCAUCCAAAACGAUCACCAAGUCUUUCAAGUUUAACAUCAGUAUCAAGUUCAAGUAGUCUGGCAACUGAGACAUCUAUUGAGAGUGAAUUUCCUGUAAUUCUACCUCAUUAUGGUGUUCGUGAUGCUGCAUUAUUCCCCGGUUACGAAGUUGCUGGUAUAAUUGAAUCACUUGGAUCAGGAGUUACGGAUGAUUGUAAAUUUUCUGUUGGUGAUCGUGUAAUUUUGUAUCCAUUUGAGGGAAUACCUAAUGGAUAUGUUGAAUACCUUGUUGUCCCUGAUCUCAAGUUUCUCAUCAAAGUCCCUGAAAAUAUGUCGCUGAGUGUUGCUGCAAUGUUACCAGCUGGGGCAUUACUAGCUAUGAACACUGUUUUUGCUGCUCACGAGCACGUACAGCAACUGCUAAAAGAACGUGCAGAAGAUCAAGUUUGUAAGAUUCUUAUUGUCGGUACUGGAGGUCUUGCUCUAUGGACACUCAGAAUAGCUGCGUAUUACUUUAGUAACAUGCAAAAUAAAGUUACUAUUACAGUAGCAUCAUUAAGAGACGAUGGAUUACUUAUGGCACAAGAAUUUCAGCACGUUAAUGUAGUUGAAUGGAACGAAGGACUUUACGAAAAGCAAUUAAUUGAACGUACUAUGGAUGCUUGUCAAGGCCCAGUAGAUGUUGUGAUUGAUUAUGGUACAACUUCAAGAAGUCUUCAUCGUAGCAUGCAGUGUCUUAGUAAAGGUGGUGUAGUUUUUGUAAUAAAAGAAGUAGCUGACCGUCUUUUGCCUAAAUUCAGCAAACGCGCUGAAGAACGCGAACAAAAUAUAAAAUCUAUAGAACCAGGUACUCUUGAACAACUCAGUGAGCUUGUAGAAUUAGUUGCAACUGGUAAAAUUGAACCACCACCACAUACUGUUUUUCCUGCUGAAGAAGCAAUGGAUGUUGUACAAAAACUUUGUUCUUCGGAAAUUCAUGGUAGGGCUAUUCUUCGUUUUUAUCCCGCAGAUUAAAUAUUACAUAAGUAUCAAACACAUUAAUAACUGCAAAAUAUGAAAGGAUAAAGAGAAAAAAUGAUCGCAUAUUUAACUUUUAAAGUUUUAAACCAUUUGAGAAAAUUAGUGUUGAUUAAAAGUUUCAGAAAUGCGCAAGUAUUUAAAAUGAAAUGAUAAGAAAAAUGUUAGAUCAGUGGUUUGAAAAGUAUUCUAAAAUUAUAUAUAAAAUCGCUUAUCGUCUGUUUUUAUAAAAUUUCAAUUCUGUCAUAAACGGUGAGAAUACUCAAUAUACAAUUAUAUACUUAUUUAAAUACAUAUUUGAUAUAAACUUUAAUUAAAAUCUUUUUACUACAAAAUAAAUAAAUACAUAAUUACUUAAUGAGGUAGUUUAACUAAUAAUCAACAUAAAUUUGAUAAAUGACUAUCUAUAAAAGUUCGAUAGAUUUAUUGUGUGUAUGAUAAAAAUUUUAUACAAAACCAAUGAUCGAAAUGAUUAAAAAAAACAAAUUUUUUAAGAUAAUUACAAGUGACAUUAUUAUUAUUUUUUAAUUUUAAAUUUGCUUGGAAUUUUGAAAUAUUCAAAUUAAGGUAAAAGACUCAUUACCCGGUCACUUUACAUUGAUGUGAGAUUAAACCAUUCAAUAUUCAAUACAAUUUGCUAAAUGAAAUAAAAAAUCGUUUUUUUUUUAUAGUAAUUUGUUGACGUUUUAAAUAUCAGAAUAAAAUUUUAAUUUACGGUAAAUUAUGUUAAACGUACGGUAAAUUUGCAGUGAGAAUAGUAAUUUUCCGCGAAAUUGCGACAGGCCUGUGGUAUUUUAUUGUAAAGUGAAGUUUUGCACUGUAAAAACUAUAAACAUAAAAAACAUACGGUGCUUAUGGUAAAAAUGUCGCAAAUUACGGUAAAUUGCCAUACUUUUUACCGCAACGUACUGUAAAAUACCGUAAAUUGCGGCAACUUUGACGUUAAUUACCGUAUUUUAAGUGAAUUGCGGUAAAUUACCAUAAUUCGGAUUCACCAGGGAUUAAUCAGUUAAAGCGAGUGACUAAAAGGUAUUGAUUAAAUUUAGGGUCUUUUAUCUUAUGACUUAUUACUAAUUGGGCUUUAAUUUCUCGAAUCAAUAAGUAAAGUAAAAUAAUAAAAUUAUACCAUUUUUAUUUAUAUAUAAUUAAUAAGAGAAUGUAAUUAGUGUAUAGUCGACAAGAGGAUUGAAAAAAAAAUACUUAAGAUUAUGGGAUGGUUGUCAAAGUAUGCAAAAAGUAUUGUAUAACAAGGUUUUGAAAAUUGAGUCAGUAUUUUUCAGCCGUGUUUCGUUCCUAAGAUACAAAGAAACUAAUUGUAAGUAAUUAAUAUAAAGGCUAGAUGUUAGACGGUUAAAGUCACGUUUGAUUAAAACAAUUUUUUUUAAUUACAUAAGUUUUCAACUACUGAAAACUUUUUUCAUUCUAUUAAAAGAUCUCGCAUUAAAAUUGAUUUAGUUAUUUAUUUAAGUAUUAUACACCUUUAUGUAUAUAUUAUAUGUUUAAUGUUUUUACUUUUAAAAGACUGUUUGCUUGUAAUAUAAUUAUUAACAAAUUUUUUUUCUAUAUAAUUGUUAAAUGCCUUACGAGCACAAUAUCCAUUUGUAAUGGCUAGACUGUACGUUAUCAAUUGUAUUAUAAAAGCGAUUACAAUAAAUAAGUUUAUUAAGAAUCUUAAA